UCCGGUGCGCGGGGUGCGGUUCCGGGUCGUGGCGCGGCUCCGGGCAACGGGGUUGCGGCUCGGCCGGCCGGCGGCGGCGAGCAGUGGGGGCAUGAGGGCGAGCUGGGAGAGCGGGAAUUGAGCCGGCCGCGAAGAGCGCCCGCCCCAAGGAGUCCGCGAGUGAGGAGCCCUGGGCAGGGGGCCGAGAGGCGCGGGGAAGCCGGGCUCUUCCCUCAGGAACGUGUCCCGGGCCCACCCGGCCCGUAGUGUGGCAGCAGCUUCAGAUUAGGAAGACUCAGGAUAAAUUACACAUCUGGUACCAGACAGAGACAGGAUUCAAACCCAGGGAGGUGAGCACGUGAAACAAUAUGAAGAGGAGAAAAUAGCCUUUUAAGGAAAUUGGCCUACAGAAAGGAUGGCCUUCUUGGACAAUCCAACUAUCAUUCUAGCUCAUAUUCGACAGUCCCAUGUGACCAGUGAUGACACAGGAAUGUGUGAAAUGGUUCUCAUUGAUCAUGAUGUUGACCUAGAGAAGAUUCAUCCUCCUUCAAUGCCUGGAGACAGUGGGUCAGAAAUUCAGGGAAGCAAUGGUGAGACUCAGGGCUAUGUAUAUGCCCAGUCAGUUGAUAUUACCUCAAGUUGGGACUUUGGUAUUAGAAGACGCUCAAAUACAGCUCAAAGAUUAGAACGACUCCGAAAAGAGAGACAAAACCAGAUCAAAUGCAAAAAUAUUCAGUGGAAAGAAAGAAAUUCUAAGCAAUCAGCCCAGGAGUUAAAGUCACUGUUUGAAAAAAAGUCCCUCAAAGAGAAACCUCCAAGUUCUGGAAAGCAGUCAAUAUUAUCUGUACGACUGGAGCAGUGCCCUCUGCAGCUGAAUAACCCCUUUAAUGAGUAUUCCAAAUUUGAUGGCAAGGGUCAUGUCGGCACAACAGCAACCAAGAAGAUCGACGUCUACCUCCCCCUGCACUCGAGCCAGGACAGACUUCUGCCAAUGACUGUGGUGACAAUGGCCAGUGCCAGGGUGCAGGACCUGAUCGGGCUCAUCUGCUGGCAGUACACCAGUGAAGGACGGGAGCCGAAGCUCAAUGACAAUGUCAGUGCCUACUGCCUGCAUAUCGCUGAGGAUGAUGGCGAAGUUGACACAGACUUCCCCCCACUGGAUUCCAAUGAGCCCAUUCAUAAGUUCGGCUUCAGUACUUUGGCCCUGGUUGAAAAGUAUUCAUCUCCUGGUCUGACAUCUAAAGAGUCACUCUUUGUUCGAAUAAAUGCUGCUCAUGGAUUCUCCCUCAUUCAGGUGGACAACACAAAGGUCACCAUGAAGGAAAUCUUGCUUAAGGCCGUGAAGCGAAGAAAAGGAUCCCAGAAAAUUUCAGGCCCUCAGUACCGCCUGGAGAAGCAGAGCGAGCCCAAUGUCGCCGUGGACCUGGAGAGCACUUUGGAGAGCCAGAGCGCAUGGGAGUUCUGCCUGGUCCGCGAGAACAGUUCAAGGGCAGACGGAGUUUUUGAGGAGGAUUCACAAAUUGACAUAGCCACAGUACAGGACAUGCUUAGCAGCCACCAUUACAAAUCCUUCAAAGUCAGCAUGAUCCACAGACUACGAUUCACAACUGAUGUCCAGUUAGGUAUCUCUGGAGACAAAGUAGAGAUAGACCCUGUUACGAAUCAGAAAGCCAGCACUAAGUUUUGGAUUAAGCAGAAACCCAUCUCAAUCGAUUCUGACCUGCUCUGUGCCUGUGACCUUGCUGAAGAAAAAAGCCCCAUGUCUUGCCGAAGACUGGAACGCGUGACCAACUGGAAUAACGUAGUUGUGAAAACAGAAGACGUGUUACUAAACAGCCUUCUUUACAAAAAAGGCCGUCACGCAAUAUUUAAACUCACGUAUCUAAGCAAUCAUGACUAUAAACACCUCUACUUUGAAUCUGACGCUGCUACUGUCAAUGAAAUUGUACUCAAGCACGUGUGUCCGCCCGCCCACCCACUGUCGGAGCUCCUUGAGGGCCCUGGACCGGACUCCAGGGAAAUUGUUGUUGUGUGAAGACGCUUAAUGUAUUCAUGAUGAAAACUGAGGCUCAGAAACAAAUCUUAGCCAGGACCAUGAAUGGCAGAACCGGACCUGACCCCAGGUGUGGCAGCUUCCAGACCUUGUGCCCCGUCCCGCCGAAUGUGUGCCACCUUGCGGCAUUGAAGGAGAGGUUUCCGUGAAAUGGCAUUGUUUUGCAGAGACAUUUCGAGGCCACAUCCUCAUGGCUGCAAAAGAUUUCCAAAAGUAGUAGAUGGAAAUGGAAGGCUAAAGCUGCUGGGGGGCAGUCGGGGCCAGAGCCCACCUCGGACCAGGCGGUGGGGACACGGGGCGUGCUGCCGUGCUUGAAACCAGCAAGCUAAGAGUUAACUUGCCAGCUUGUCACCAGACAGCACGGGGAACUAGUGCAGUGUUCGGGGACCAGGUAAAGAAAUAUUCCAUUACCCCAUCAGGGGCUGGCCUUUUUUUAUAGCCAGCAUUAAAAUAUUCAAGACUUGAGAAGGAUUCUAGUAAAAUUAUAAUCCUGUGUUUGACAUCAAAAUAAUUUUCACAACAGCAGAUUGAUGACACAAGCACAGGUUUAUGACUUCAGUCUGAGGCUGUGCGCGAGCAAGUGCAGAGAAAUCACUUUACAGGACCAAAUGCUCCCUCGAAGCAGAUGCUUUUCUGCAAAAUCCCUGAGGCCUAUCGCCUCUCCUGAAAUGUCCGUUUUCUUAUGAAAAUGUUUGCAGAAAUAUUGCAUCCUGCCCGAGACGGCAGGAGAGUCACAGCGAGCCCAGACCUGAUUUACUUAGAGAGCUAAUGGUCAUGAUCCUGAUGGAAGAUUAAAUUUCACGUUUUCUGUCUCUGAUUUUUAUAGCAAUUUAAAUACUUAGCCUUCUCUGCCAUCCCCACAGUGACUGUGGGCUUUGCACCAAUACCAAGUGACUUAGGCCCCGGCCCCAUGUCCCAGAAUUUGCCAGAAGUGUUUCCAUCGGAGGCUCUUCCAGGAGUCAGCCUUAGACUCAAAUACUGUGUGUGGUGGUUCUAGAAUUCAGAAGGUUUACAUAAAAUGAGAGCUUUAGAUGGAAACGGAAGGGAGGACAUAAGGGCCAGAGGCCAACGUCACAGAAACGGUUACAAACAGGCCGUCUUUGUCCAGUGAUUUUAUUCCGUCAUGUUUUUCCCUCGUGUAGAAACAUUAAUGUCUCCCAUUUAUUGAACACCAACGGCAUACCAGACAUUGUAUGUAAUUAUUUAAUCUUCAUGAUUGCCCUGCAGAGUGUCGACAUUAUUAUCCCCAUUUUGUAGAUGAGGAAAUAGAGGCCCGAGGCCACAGAACGUGUGAGGGGUAGAGCCUCUGCCUGAAGCCCAGCCCGGAGGCGUCCCAGGCUGUCCCUUCCACCCCGGGUGUAACUGAGCUAAGCCUUGUGUGGUCCCUAACUCUGCAGGCUUCGAGAUGAAUCUCAGAGGGAUCGUUGGUCUCUUCACAUUGGGUUCUUCUCGUGAUCGAGUGAUGGAGGCUGUGGUUUAUUGACCAUGAAAACUCCCUAUAUUUUUGUGCCGUAAGCUGUAAAAUGCAUUGAAAGUGAAACACUCUGUAGUGCAUAAAAUUGUGCCAGUUUUAAGCCACAGCAUAUUAACCAACUAAUGGCAGACCAAAGGGCGUUUUUAUCUUUUGAUUAUUACAUUAAUCUUCCAUUAAAAUUAUCUAUGUGAUUAUCACAAAGCACUGAAGAUAAUAAAUUUAGGAGAUAGUUGGCUAGUUAAAGAUCAUUUUUAAAUGCUUUUGUCAAGUUAUAUGUGCCAAAAAUACACUGAAAACACUAGGUCGGCUGAGUGUGCAAACAGUAUAAUCCAAAGAUCGCUCUUAUUAAGAAUGAUAAGACCGCUUAUUUCCAUGCCUUGUAGAGUCCCACGUCGUCAGCCCGGCCCCGGCCCUCAUGAUUUAUUGCUCUCAGCUGGUGGCUCAGCGAGGCAGCGGGCCAAGCACGUCAGGCCUUCUGGACUCACACACCAGCCCUUAACGCCUGCUGCUGCUGGCGACUGUCAGGCAGGAAGUUCGGAGGGGACACCGUGUACGUGAGGCAUCCGUGCCACACUGCCUCCCCGCGGCAGCCCCCGCUCCUGUCACACGGUCAGCGGGGCCCCUCAGAGGAGAGUCAGCAGAGGUGGUGGCUCGUCUCCACAGUCCAAAAUAUCUGGGUUUCCCAGUUUCACUUUCAGAUACUGGAGAGUGAGGAGAAAAGGUUCAAGAAAAGCCCCAACCGGAGGGCGCAGGGGCGGUGGGAGGAAUGGUAUCUGGGCAGGGAAGGGAUGGGCGCACCUCUGUGGAGGCCAGGGGCCUGGGAAACUAGAGGCAUGUUAAUUGAGGACACAAUCCCUGCUUGGACUCUUACUGGCUUUGUGGCCUUGAGUAAACGCAUCGCCAUUCUGUGCCUUGACUUUCUCAUCUGCACGAUGGGAUAAUGGCCUUGGUGUCAUAAGGCUGUCGUGAAGGUCCCAUGAGUUAGUCCUGGCAAAGCGCUCCGGCAGCCCACCACCAUGCUGCCCAGCCAGGGGUUGAUGGUCUACACCGCAGCCCAGGCCUGACCCGGCACCGCUGCCCUCCCCAGCUCCUCCCAGCCCACCUGGACUGGCCCCUAAGUUGUUCAGUCCCACAGAUACGUUGCUGUCUUCCAUUGCUGCGCCGUGAUAUGUGCCGGUCCCCCCCGCCCCGCCCCGUACACCCCAGACCCCUGCUUCUCUCUCAGAACCCAGCUCGCUCAUUCCCUCUGCAAGACUGCCCUGCCCCACGUCUCCCUGACCAUGACCCCAUUCUUCCAUGCGCCUUCUGGCUCUGGUGCCGCACUUGGCCUGCUGUUGGAUACUCACCAGCCUGUGAGCGCCUCGGAGCAGAGAUCAUCAUGUCUCACGUCCCUAGGUCUCCUGAACCAAGCACAGGGCCAGGCUCAGACAUGGACGUGCCUGGUGGCAGAGGAGCUGCAGACGGUGACCGUGUGCAGCCGCCGCCUAGGGGCGUCCGGGCAGCGUGCUCCCCACCGAGCACCCUCCCAGCUCCGCUCCUCUCCCAGCUUUGACCCUCGCCUCUGGGUGACCCUGGUCAGCGAGGCGCCCUCCCUGAGCCUCACUCCUUUUUAUCAAAUGAGCCCUGGUGGGCCGUCGAGGAAAUCCCGUAAUUAGAACCUCUGUACCUGGGGGUGCGGGCGAGGAGGGGGCUGCAUAUAGAGCCUCGGUUCAGCCGGUUUCUCAUCCCUGCAGUGCUCUCACCUCUCGGACAAGGAAAGCAGGGCUCAGGGGAGUCAUGUGCGGGCCCAGGGCUGCACAGCGGGCGAGCAGAACCGGAAGCCUGGUGCACAGCCUUCUGGGAGGCAGCACGUGCUGAAGAGGGAGCACAGGCUCUGGAAUCCGGAAAGCUCCGCCACUGGUGACUGGAAGGCGCGCAGCGGCCACUUGUCCCCUCCAGGCCUCCGUUCUCCUGUCAUAAAGUGGGCCCCGGCCCAGCCUGCCAGGUUGCCGUGGUGAUGGCUCCAGGCACAAGAGAGCACCUGGGCUCCCGGCCUGGGUCAGGGCCUUCCCGUCUAUGCCCUGGGCGAACAGAGAGGCUGCCGAGUGACUGGACUGUGUCCUCUUGCUUUCUAGGUUAACUACAUCCUGGAAUCGCGAGCAAGCACUGCCCGGGCUGACUAUUUUGCUCAAAAACAAAGAAAACUGAACAGACGUACAAGCUUCAGCUU